UCGGGGCUGCCGAGGAUGAAGGCGAGGCGCUUCGCUGGGUCCUGGGGCGGGCCCGCCGCCGUGUUCGGCCUCGCCCUGGCGGCUCGCGUUGCUCUGGUCUUCUACGGCCUCUACCAGGACCGGACCCUGGUGGUGAAGUUCACGGACAUCGACUACCGGGUGUUCACGGACGCGGCGCGCUUGGUGACGGAGGGCCGCUCCCCCUACGAGCGAGCCACGUACCGCUACACGCCGCUGCUGGCCUGGCUCCUCACGCCCAACGUCUGCCUCACCGAGCUCUUCGGCAAGUUUCUCUUCGUCAGCUGCGACCUGCUGGCCGGCUUCCUGAUGCUGCGUCUGCUGCUCCUCACCGACCUGAGCCCCCGCCAGGCCUGCGGCUCCUGCGCCUGGUGGCUGCUCAACCCGCUGCCCCUGGUGGUGUCCAGCCGGGGCAACGCCGAGUCGGUCAUCGCUGCCCUGGUGCUAAGCGCCUUGUACCUCCUGCAGAGGAGGAGCGUGGGGUGGGCUGCGGUAGUCUACGGCCUGGCGGUGCACAUGAAAUUGUACCCGGUGACCUACGUCCUCCCCAUAGCCCUCUAUUUGCAGAUUGCGCCCGGCGAGGCGGAGGACAGCUCCAAGAAAUGCCUCCAGGCUCGAGUCUGGGGGCUGGCCAGGGGGCUGGGGAAUAGGGAUGUGCUGCUUUUUGGGGUGGUUGCUGGACUCACGUUUUUUGCCCUGGGCUUAGGAUUUUAUUACAAAUACGGUUGGGAAUUUUUGGAGCACACUUAUCUCUAUCACCUAACCCGACGGGACAUCCGACACAAUUUUUCCCCUUACUUCUACAUGCUUUAUCUGACAGCAGAGAGCAAAUGGAGUUUUUCACUGGGACUGGCAGCGUUUCUGCCACAAUUGUUGUUACUUGUAGUUGUGUCUUUUGCUUAUUAUAGGGACCUUGCCUUCUGUUGUUUCCUUCACACUGCCAUUUUUGUGAGUUUUAAUAAGGUCUGCACUUCCCAGUAUUUUUUAUGGUACCUCUGUUUAUUACCGCUUGUGAUGCCACAGAUAAGGAUGUCCUGGAAGAGAGCUGUUCUCCUCCUUGGGCUGUGGUUUAUGGGACAGGCUUUAUGGCUGGCUCCUGCUUAUUUCCUUGAGUUCCGAGGGAAAAACACCUUUUUGCUCAUUUGGUUAGCCGGUUUGCUCUUUCUUUUUAUUAACUGUUACAUACUAGUUCAGAUAAUUUCUCAUUAUCAGUUGAGACAGUUGGCCAAGAAAAUCAAAUCCCAGUAACGGGUAAUAUCGAUGAUGGGUUUCUGUGAUUUAUGCCCAUCAUAUGGGCCACUAAAGUGUCUUUGAAAUGUUUUAACUUAAGCUUUGAGCGUUUUUAUCACUCCCAAAUAGCUCCAGUUUGGGUCACAAAACUCAGUUUAAACCAGAGAUCUCAAGUAGAAUGGAAGGAGAAACUUGGAGAGAUUGUUGCUUUUUGUGAAUGCAGUUCCUUUGGAGAGUACUUGUAAAGGAAAGUUACACAUUUGAAUACAGGAUGCCCCCAAAGUCUUAGUGCAGUGUUAAGCUUUAAUAGAUUAACCCUACACUAAGACUUUUGGGACACCUUGUAUUGUAAAGGAUGAAUGAAUGUGUUUUCAGUUGCCAAAGAAAUUCUUGGUAGAAAAAAUUGGAAUCAUUUCCUGCAAGAUUCAUGCCAAUUGGAGUAUGGCCCAAUAGACUAGAUUUAAUAAGCCCAGUGAGUUUAUCAUCUUAAAUUUUAACCUCCAAGUAUUCUCCUUUGUAAAAUGGAAUUGGCAAUCAUCAGCCUGAUAGAGCUGUGAUAACAAGUGCUAAAUAAAAUACUAGUUGGGUAAAAUAUUUUUCCUUUUAAAUAAAAUUGAGUGGGAGUUUGUGGGGCAUAGGUGGUGAAUAAAACAUUUAAAUUGUUGAUCUGGGACCUUUCUAUCUGACUUGAACAGCUAAAGCUUCCUCUACAUGUAAUCUUUCCUUAUUAGAACGUGAGCUCCUUGAGAGCCAGGACUGUUUGUGGUUUUCUUUUUGUGUCUCAGAUCUUAGCACAAUUGUAAGUGCUUAAUGAAUGCUUUUUCAUUUGUUAAUCAUGUUAUUUCAUUGAUUGUUUGGCUUGGUUUGUUUUGUCACUGGGUCUUUUCUGCACUUUAACACUAGUGUUUAUUGACAUGCGAUUGAUUUUUAAUGAACAAAGAAAAAUAACUGCAUAUUUAAA